AUGAGCGCCAAUCAGCCCGUAUUCACCAUCUCCAUAACCCCAAACAACAUUGCAUCGAGCUACCAUGUCACCAUGACCGAAACCGCCACCGGAAGCGUCAUCAUCACGAUGACUCCCGUUAUCCAGCCAUCCAAUAGUCCUCCCACCACCAACCAGCCUUACAUCAGUCCUCCUACCACUCCUCCGCCCAGCGGCGCCGGCGCAGGCACCGAGGAUUCAGACAACCACACCUCAGAGGCGGAGUAG